CUCUUUUUCCACCAAUCUCUCCCUCUUUCUCUCUCACAACGCAACAACAAAGUUAAAGAAAAACAACUCUCGGCAUGGAUCAUUACAACUAAAGGAAAAGAAAAAGCAUCUCCCUAGCUGUCUCCCCCCCCACCCAAAAAAAAAAAAAAAAGGAUCCAAACUUCUCCAUCGCUCCCCAAUCCCCAAUCCCCAAUCCAUUCCCAUGGCCUCCAUACCCAGAAUUCUCAUUCUCACCACCACCCUCUUCCUCUUACUCCUCAAAUCGACCGUUUCCCAGCCCACCACUGACUGCACGGACCGUUGGAUCUACAUCAGACGGCUGCCCUCUCGGUUCAACCUGGAUCUCUUGUCCAACUGCUCCCAAUACCCUCUCUUCGACAACUUCUGCCCCUACCUCCCCAACCACGGCCUCGGCCACAAGACCCAUCCUCGCUCCCACAGCUGGUUCCGCACCGACCCUCUCAUGCUGGAGCUCAUCUUCCACCGCCGCAUGCUCGACUACUCUUGCCUCACCACCGAUCCCAACGCCGCCAACGCCGUCUAUCUCCCUUACUAUGCCGCCAUCGAUGCCCUCCGUUACCUCUACGGCCCCGACGUCAAUGCCAGCGCCGACCACGGCCUUGAAUUGUUCGAAUUUCUCCAAGAUGAUAGCCCCGGGAUGUGGGCUCGCCAUGAAGGCCACGACCAUUUCCUGGUCAUGGCCAGGCCUUCCUGGGACUUCUCGCAACCUUUGCGCAACCAUCCCCCCACGUGGGGCAGUUCCUUCCUCCAACUUCCCGAGUUCUACAACGUCACGGCUUUGACGUUAGAGGCCAGAGCUUGGCCGUGGCAGGAACACGCCGUCCCUUACCCGACCUCGUUUCACCCCCCGACCCUCUCCUUCUUGGAGUCGUGGAUUCGCCGCGUGAGGCGGUCCAGGAGGUCCACCUUUAUGCUCUUCGCCGGCGGCGGAGGGGUCUCGGCCACGCCCAACAUCCGGCGGAGCAUUAGGAACGAGUGUGAGAAUGAGUCCAAUAAUGUGACCCAGUCUCUUGGUGGGUACGUGAAGCUGUGUGAGGUCGUGGAUUGCUCUAAUGGCGCGUGUGAGCACGACCCAAUAAGGUACAUGAAGCCUAUGUUGCAAGCGAGCUUUUGCUUGCAGCCACCCGGGGACACACCCACGCGGAGGUCCACUUUUGAUAGCCUUCUCGCCGGCUGCAUACCGGUCUUCUUCGAGGACUUGUCGGCGAAGUCGCAGUACAAGUGGCAUUUGCCGGAAGAGAUAUACGGGGAGUUCUCGGUCUUUAUACCAAAGGAGGAGGUGGUGUUUAAGGGACAGAGAAUUUUAGACGCGUUAAUGAGUAUACCCACAACCAGAGUUAGGAGGAUGAGAGAGAAAGUGUUGGAGUUAAUGCCGAGAGUUAUGUACAGGAGGCACGGGAGUUCCUUCAAUUUCAGGACAACCAAAGAUGCAUUUGACAUUGCAAUUGAGAGUACAUUACAAAGGAUUAAAUCUAGGCUUGAAGCAGUAGCAUUUGAGUAGUAACUUUAUUUAUUUAUAGGAUUCUAUUUUUAUUUCUUGUUUUUGUAAUUAUCAUUAGUUACUGUUAAUUUUUCUUUUUCGAUUUCCUUUUACUUCACAAAUAGUUCAUUGCAUAAGUGCAAGGAAGAUUAUAUUA